CACGAAAGCUAUAAUUUCGACUGCCUGGAAGGCAUAUCUAGUGAUUAGGUUGGGAGGGCAUACCUAACGUGACCAUACGUCCCGCUUUGAGGUUAUCUGUCCCGCUGUCCCCAGCGAGAGCAAAAAUGUCCCGCUUUCGAAAAUACUGGAUAUUGAUAUUGAUGAAAAAUACAUGAGUUAUUUUUUUCCCGGUGAACAUAUAAUUUAUUUGCAUAGUUUUUUUUCAAGCAACAUUAACAUUAAAAUUAACUCGAAAGAUUUUGUAAUGCUAAUGCUGGAGUUAAUGUCGACGUCGUCGACGGCGUCAAAUGUCAAAAAAAUUGAAUCGUAUGAAAUUUUAUGAGAGCAGUUAAUCUUAACGCCGUAAGAAAUUCGACGCCGAAAAAGUUCAAUCUGUUUCAACUUUUUCGGCGUCGUCGACGGCGUUGACAUUAACUCCAGCAUAACAAGGGAAAUCACCAAAUUAAAAAUGCUUAUAAAAACAGAAAAAGUUUCUGUCACUCUGUCAGUACCCUAAGCAUAGACGCUCUAAAUUGUUCUGGUAUCUUUUCAUCGCGGAGUCGGAGAAGGCGAGCAAAGUCAAACAAUUUAUUUUCAAUGUUAGUGAUUGUAACAUUACAAUAAUGCCUAAACGCAAGUGUACUUUUAACAUUUCUUUGCAAAAUAAGUAUCCAUUUAUAAAACAAAGAAGUGGUGAAUCAGACGUUACGUGUGAAAAAUGUCGUACUGAUUUUAGUGUUGGACAUGGUGGUGCCAGUGAUAUUGAGAAGCAUUUAAAAUCGGAAAAACACAAGCUUUCUGAUCAAGCUGCCGCUUCAAGCUCGUCAAUGCUUUCUUUUUUUAAAAGAACAAAUUUGGCGACUUCCAAAGACUUGGAUAUAGCUGCAGCGGAGGGUGCGUGGGCGUACCACACAGUGCAAGAAAACCACAGUUUUCGUUCGAAUGACUGUGCUUCAAAUCUAAUACAAACAUGUUUUGAGCAAAAAUUUAGAUGUGCCCGUACAAAAUCACAAGCUAUAGUUGUAAAUGUGCUGGCACCUAUGGCGAUGGGCGAAUUGAAAGAACACCUUCACGAAGCCCACUGCAUAUCUUUAUUAACCGAUGCUUCCAAUCAUGGCUCAAUAAAAUUAUUCCCUGUUUUAGUUCGCUAUUUUGUACCAUACGAAGGCGUGAGAGUCAGGAUUUUAGAGUUUCAAAAGCAGCCAGACGAAUCAUCUGAUAUAAUUGUGGAUUAUUUGAAAGAAGUAUUAUCUUGCAAUGAUUUGAAUAAGAAAAUUGUGGCAUUUUGUGCAGACAAUACAAACUGCAAUUUCGGAGGAAAGAAUAGAAAAGGGAUAAAUAAUGUUUACGCCAAAUUGAACCUAUCCGUCGGAAGGCAGCUCAUUGGGAUUGGGUGUGGAGCCCAUAUAAUUCAUAAUGCUAUCAAAACAGCCGCAGAUUGUCUCCCUGUUGACUUCGAAUGCAUCAUUGUGAAAAUUUAUUCAUUCUUCUACAUCUACAGCAUUCGGGUAGAAGUUCUGAAAGAGUUCUGUGAUUCCACCGACACAGAGUAUCAGAAACUGUUGGGCUACAGUAAAACAAGGUGGCUUGCUUUAAUGCCGGCGCUUGGGAGAAUUUUAAAAAUGUUUCAGCCUUUGAAAACCUAUUUUCUGAGCAUAGAUAAAUUCCCUACUAUUUUAAAAACGUUUUUCGAAAAUCCCAGCUCUGAAUUGUGGUUAUAUUUUUUGCACGCACAGACAGCGAUUUUUCAUCAAGCCGUGUUGAAAAUCGAGGGACAAAACGUGUCCGCAAUAGAGUCUGCGAAUGAAAUUAAUCGUUUCCGAUAUAACUUAGAACUUAAAGAGAAUUCGAUUUUCCUUCCUCAUUCCGUCCGCAAUCUACUGGUAAAAUUACAAAAAACUGACGUUGCUGUUGAUGAGCAGAAUGUGAAAACUGCGGCAGCGGAUUUUUAUAAGACAAGUAAAGAAUACUUGGAACAGUGGUGCCAGUUCAAUGCACAACUGGCAGUAUUUGAAUGGUCAAAUUUGAGAAAAGUCCCUAAUUGGGAAGACGUACAGAAUGUGACGGAUUUGCUGAUCACACAAAGAUUUCUUAGCAGUAGCCAAGAUACGGAGGUGUUCGAUGAGUUUUCGCUUAUUUCCAGUUACGUCACAGUUGAAAAAAUCAAAAGCUGGAACGAUGAGAAUGUUGCUACUGAAGACCGUUGGGUGGAGCUGUUUAAACACUUCCGUGCUAAUAAUCUCAACUGCACAAACUUUCGCACAAUUAUUGAGUAUGUUUUAUGUAUGCCUGGAAGUAACGCACCUGUCGAAAGAGUUUUUUCCCUAAUGAAUAAAAUAUGGACAAGUGAAAAAACGCAGUUAAGUGUGACAGUUUUAAAAGCUAUUUUAAUUACUAAGACUAACAUCAACAAACAAUGUAAUCAGCUCCAUUCCUACUUGAAAACUAGACCCGAUAUUUUAAAACUAAUUUACUCUGCUGACAAAUAAAAAACAAAUACUUAGACAUAAGAUUAAUUUCAUAAAUUAGAUUUAUACGUAUUCUCUCCGUUUUUGAAUAAAAUUUAUUUUUUAAAUGCAUAAUUUUUUUUUUUACAAAAUUCCGCAGACGUCCCGCUCUGACGAAAAAUAUAAAUGGUCACAUUAGGCAUACCGGACACAAAUACAUCAGUCGUCCGGAUCGUAUUGAUGCCUUAUAGAAAUGUAACCUGUUUCUUUGUCUUCUCUGAAGAGAAGGCAUAGAAGAUUCUAACCCAUGCUGUACCCACGAGCAAUAAGGCCGGUUGCAAGCGUGCUCAUACCUUUUCUCAAUGCCUGUGAUACCACCUUCUUCUUAUAUGGACGUUGCAUGCUACAUUAAUAAUUAUUUUUGGCGCCCAACGUGGGCCCCGAAUGUGAUAUUUUUUAUUAUUAAUAUUAACAACAUUUUCCAGGUUUCAAAUUGCUGAUUACAUUGAACUAGAUAUUCGGCUCCUCAAAAUUUUUCUACUCUUUAUCUUCUAAUUUCAGUUACUAUUUUUAUUCCUUUUAUUAAAUUUCUAUACUUAUUUAAUAUUUUAUUGUGAAGCAUGGAACGUGUUUUAAAUCCAGAAUUUUAUUUAUUUUGUAACACCCAAUCUCAACGACAAUCUACUUCUCCCCAUCUUUUCCUUUUUCUGGAAGGAAUACGGAUUCUGGAACAUUUAACUAGAUCUGGCCCCACUAAGAGACAAUGUAUAAAAUCUUUCAACCCCUCCCUGAUCUUGGAAUUUAGGUACUAAUAUGUUCCUAUCCGAUCUGGUGGAAUUCUUUUCGAAUAAAAUUCCUUAGCAGCAUUCCAAUUGCGCAUCUCACAAAAACUAAAAAAAAAAAAUAAUAAGUCCAAGUCUACUAGUAUAGGAAUAAAACAGGGUACUCCAUUGACUUUACGUGCAUCUUUCGGUAUUAAUAUAUAAACUGUUUUGUGUUUAGUAUUCGUGUUAGUAAAAUUUCUC